AAUGGCUGCUAAAGGCGCAUCCUACUGUUUUGGGUUUAGAACCGAUCGCUCCCCAUUCACUCUCUAACCAAAGAAGUAAGUCUUCACUGGGAGAAAGAGGAAGGAAAGUCUCUUAGCAACUUAGAAAUACCAGAGUUGAGCAAAAUUUGACUCUACUUCAAGGAGCCAGAGAGAUGCGAGGGGCAAAGAGAUGUCACGCUCUGCCUGCCAUCUUCUUCCUGCUGCUCACUUCAGCCCCUGCGCCGCCGGGGGUCGAGGGCAGCAGCAGGGACCUGGAGGCGCCAGGAGGGGACAGGAGGACUCUGCUCGAUCUCCUCUUGCAAGCUAUCGGGGACAGCCAGAGCCACCACCCCCCGAGGGGGGACAGGGUGAUCUCCAGGCGCUACAGCGGCAGCGCCCUUUACUCUGCAGCUGUGGAACAAGACCUCCGGGUGACUUCCUCCGCCUCCGCCUCCAGGGAGCGAGCAGCUGGGCAGGUGCCCCGGCUCUUCACCAGCUCCAGGCACGUAGAAAUAUUUCCAAGAGAUUCCAAUUUAAAAGACAAGUUCAUAAAACACUUUACAGGGCCAGUCUCAUUCUCAGCUGAGUGUAGCAAGCAUUUCCAUCGACUCUAUCACAACACAAGGGACUGUUCGACACCAGCAUAUUACAAAAGGUGUGCAAGAUUACUAACAAGGUUGGCAAUGAGCCCUUUAUGUACACAAUCCUAGAAAAUUUGCUGUUCCUUUCUACUACAAGAGAACUCUGAUUUGCCGAGAAAGUGCCUUGAAAUCUUCCCCAAGAUAAUAGAAAAGACAUCUGGUAUCUUUUUGAUUUACAAGCAUUGUUUUAUUACUAGAUGCAUUUUAUUUUCAUAUGUUGGACAUUCCAUAUUUGUGUGAAGAAAACAUUAUUUUAUUUUAAUUUGUAAAUUUGUUGCCUAUAGCUCAAAUAAGCCAAUUAUUUAAAUAUAUUGUAUAUAAAGAAUAAUAAUAUACUAAUUAAAUAUUAUCAUAUGCAGAGAGUUGGCUAGUUUUUGCCGUUGGUUAUCUUGUUUCAUUGUAUUUACACCAUUUUGCUCAGGCUCUUACUUUCAUUAUUUGCACUAACUUGAAAUGCAAAAGUCUAUGUAACUGAAAUCUGAAUAAGCUGUAAGUGGGAUGUUCUACUUUCAGUGGAAGAUAUUGUAUAUUCUGAAGCUUUGUUAAUAUAUAUACAUUAUAUAUUAUUGCGCAUAAGAAAAUAAUUCCCAGAAAUGCACCUUGCUUUCAGGAACAUUUGUAUAGCUAUUCUGGAUGAUCAUCAGUUACAUUUGUACUGGCACUUAUGGAAAGAGUUGCAAAUAAUGUAAAUACUAUAAAA